UGCACGGAGCUGCAGUGCUACAUCCAGCCUCUGUCGUCUAUCCUGCGGGGCCUGAGAUCAGGCAGGUACUCUGAACGUCUCAGCAGUUUCCAAGAGAGCGUCGCAAUGGACCGUAUCCAGAGAAUACUGGGGGUCCUUCAGAAUCCACUAAUGGGUGGACGUUUCCUCAACAUUAUCCUGAAAAUAGAAGAAAUGCUUCAAACUUGGUUUCCUCAUAUCAAACCAGAUCUGCCCCAGACAGACAGCAGCACUCCAGCUAAGAAGCAGAAGCAUCAUAGCCGUGCCUCCCCUCCUCCACCCUGUCCAGCGUCUCUCUGCUCCUCAGACGUGGAGCCGGCGGCCUCUCAUUUCUCCUCUCACCUCAAAUGGCUUCACAUCGACUCCUUGAAAACUCCCGAAUCAACGUUCGGCCAGCCCACCGCCUCCGCCGCCUCCCCUGCACCCUCUCGCUGCAGCCAGGAAGUGACCCAAGACAACGCCGUCUCCUCCAGCACUGACUCGCACACCCUGCGCCGCCUCAGUGCUAACCCCCGCCCGAGACAGGAGCCGCUGCCCUUCAAGAUCAGCUCACCGUGUCUGGAGAGACUCCUGCAGGCGAAGGACAGCAUCAUCACUCCCAGGACUGUGGGAAACGGAGGUUGGUUGUCGUAGCUUCCCCACAGAGGACAGUUAAUGGGCUGUGGGGAAAUCAGUGGCUGAUCUGAGGACAGAUCUGUGUGAGACAGGAUGUCCUCAUUCAUUCCACAGAGCCUGAAAAUACUAAAAGGCCUUAAAACAAAGCAUGUUUCAAAAUCUUUUUUUUUUUUUUUUUUUUUUAAAUCUACAGCUGAGAUGAGAGUGACACCAAAAUACCAGAUGGCUUUUUGGUUUAAGUGAGUGCUGACUGUGGUCGCCUGUGAGAGGAAAUGUGGAGCUCUAGGCUGAGUUUUAGUGAAAAAAACUUGUAGUUUGACUUGGACGGAUGUCAUCCGCAAAUGAGUCCAAAGGUUAAAACAAUGUUGGCAGAGGGAGAUUCAUACUGAGAUAGAUUCCCUCAACACAAGAUUGAACAAAUAAGGCAGCAACUCUGAGCUCGUCUGAAAACACAGACAUGAUCAUAUUUAUGGAGCAAAAAUAUGAAUGAAUGCACAUUACAUUUGACAAAAUGGAGACUUCUUGGUUGUCAUUCCUGAAUACUUUGACUGUUACCUUGUUUGCUUCUCUUUAGAUUCUCUGAUGAUUCCUCUACCUCAUGCUGAUACCAUGUCACAGUCUGACCGAGUCAGAGACGACUUGUGAAGCGUUGUUGUUAAAAAAAAAAAACAUCUCAAACUUUAAAUUAUUUUUUACAGGCCCAAAAUAUAUCACAACAUGUAUCCAAAGUCUUUUUUAUUAUAAUUUUCUUCAAAUUAUUAACUUAAACAACAGCAUGUGAUAUAACAGCCACUGAAAGUUGACUACGAUAGUACUGAAUUUGUCGCCCAGCCUCUACUCAGUCUUUACAUCCUGGAGAGGUUUUAAAUGGUUUUAUCAGCCCUGGUAGUUUGUUGAAUGAUGAGAUCCCUAAAAUACCCAGGAACUGGGUAAGUUGGCAGAUUUUGUUUUUUGUCUUUUCCACCCUGCAUGUUUCUGAGUUUCAGGCUGGUGAACGUUAAGGACUUCCAAAUUUGGUCGUGAGCGAUGACAGUGUCUGUAAAAGUUUCAGUUUCAACACUGAUGUGAAACAGAACGAUCACAGGGACCCCAGAGGAAAUGCAGAAACCAGAAUCGCCACAGUUUAAAGACAGGUUUGGCUUUUUUUUCAAGUUUAUCUUAAAACUAGACUUCUAAAACCAAGACACAAAAGUCCACAGUCACGUGUUGCAAGCUCGUCUGCACAGGAAGAGUUAAAGCCGCGUUUUUCAGUCAUCUUGUGCAUCUGACCAAACAGAUUUGCUCCUAUGCCGAGAAAUGUUUGUUACUGCUCUCAGUACUGAGUCAAUAGCUCUGUGUUUAAAUACUGUGGUAGACUACCGACACCUUUCUGAGUGUGACGUACAAAUCGUGACAUGGGGUGGUCAUAUGAUUUCUGGUGUGCUGAAACAGCUUGCUGCGAUAACUUCAAACAUGCACAACUAAAGUGACGGUGUGAAGACUGACCACUGCCAGAACAUGGGUGACCUACACUCACCACUGUACCUGAAUGCACCUUGUGUAGAUGCAGACUGAGGAAUGAAGCAGCUGCCGGCAUCGUGCUUUCACUGCUCAGCCUGUUGGAGACGCUGUUAGGUCUAAUUAGAAUUUUUUAAAAGUGACACCAACUAACAGUGAGCAGUAAAUCAACGUACGUGACACAAGUAAAACUGCAAACCUGUCCUUUAACCAACAGCUUCUUGCCAACACGAUCAGACAGCGUGAACGUACUGCUUUGACAUGUACAUAGUUUGUUUUUUUUUCCACUAUUUACCCCCCCCUAAAAUAAUAUGGCCUUUGUGCUAUUUUGUACUUCUGAAAUAAAUGUGAUAUCUGCUUUCUGAAAGGAAA